UGACUUGCAGCGGCAGACGUACUCUGGAUUUUGGUGAAACCGUAGUGUAUUUAGGCCUGCAAAACAUCUUUGUCUUUAGAUCGUAUAACUCAUUUGCAAUGAACAAAAGCAAGGCCAGUGGCGUGACGUGGGUGAAACCCGCGGAGCCGUCCUUUCUGAAGAAGUUUAAGAAGGAUGUUGGUUAUAAAGAAGGACCGAGUGUUGAAACUAAGUUGCAGACCAUGCCAGUCCUGGAUGAUGACAGUGGCAGUGACCGGGAGGACGAGCUCCCUCAGGUGGUGGUUCUGAAGGGGGGGGACCUGAGCGCAGAGGACGUGAAGAAGAUCAAGGACGAGCUGCGUCCUGCAGGGGAGAAAGAUGAUGCAGCUCCUCCUGAUGGUAAAAUCCUCUUCAAGAAACCAGCCAAGCGCUCCUCCUCAGACAAAUUCCAGGGCAUCAAGGCCAGCUCCAGCAAGAAGAAGAAGAGUGAUGAAGAAGAAGAGGAGGAGGGGGAGGAAGUGAAGAAAGAGGUGAAGUCUGGAAAGAAAGUAAAAAAUAACAGCCUUCUAUCAUUUGGAGGGGAUGAAGAGGAAGAGGAGAACUAACUUUUAUUGAUGAAAGGUGUCAUAAAGCCAUGUGACAGAAAUCAUCAAGGUGACAUUUGAAUGUGUAUGGUUGACUUGUUCAUAAUAUUGAUGAUUUGGAACAGGGGAUAAUUGCACUGGAGUUCCCCAACAGUGUGCAGCCUGUCCAUGUGUAGUUGUUUGAAGGACAGAGCUAGUAUGUUUCCAUGUCUAAGCCCACUGACUACAAACAGUCUAUACUUGAUAUUACUGACAACAGUUUUAUUCAUUUCAGUACACUUGAAAUAGAUUCCGUUUUCUUUAAAUAACAAUUCCAUCAGAAUAAACAUCUUGAUUCAGCCGACACAAUGCUAACAGACUUUGCAAAGUAGAGUUCACCUUUUGAUUAUUGACCUACCUUAAACAAGUUUCAGGUUUCUGUGAUUUGUAAAUCUAAAGCCCAUUAAGGCAUUUUAAAAGUUCUGAAUCCUUGGAAGUUUAUUUGAAUACUGAAAUGAAUGGACACCCAUUAAAAAAAACAAUGGUUAACAGAAAUGUAGGCUAUUUUUCAUGGGCUAAAACAUGGAAUAUCACCAGUGUUGUUGUAUGUCAUUUUUCAUCAAACAUCUGGCAAGAGAACAUCAGCAGUAGGUGCUAAAGCUGUGCUUCUGUUUGAAGGUGCUCCUCAGAACAGCUGCUUCCGUUUCAUGCAAACAAAUCUGAUAGAUGGAAAUCAAGCAACACCACUUUCAAAAACCAGGAGGUUGAUUAUUAGUUCGAUUUCAUGCUAAUUUUACACGGAACAAUAGUCAAUCCCAAGAGUGAACAUUUGGAAUAAAUAAUUGACACAUUUUUGUCAUAUUGUUGAGGUUGAAUGCAAACUGACAAACUUUUGAUAACCUGUUCUUAAAGAAAUCUAUUCCACCUAAAAAGAACCUCCUGAAACCAGGUCAUCCCCCCUCGUCCCAGUAUCUCCACCUUCUACUGGAGUCGGAACAUUUCAAGCUGCUUGUCGUGUGACGGUGAAACACCUGCUUCUUUUACAUAUGAUCUUUCAGCUGCUGUGUAUUUGUGUGUCCAAGUGUUUAAGACAUGGAAAAUAAUUCAUUGUAGAAUUUUUCAUACAUUUAUGUAUUGAAUAUAUUCUAGCUUCGACAAAGGAGCUGAAACAGUCAAAUCAUGCAUUCUUGUCAAUGCAAUUGUAUGUUUUUUUAAAGUGUUUGUUUUAUUGUGUGCAUUUUUAUGAAAAUGGUGGCUGUAACAUUUGAAAUAUAAAAACAUCCUGUUUUGUACGCUCA